AUGAAAUCACUCGCCAGGUUCGGAACGGGACUCUCCAGAGCAGCCACCUGCUCCUUGGCCCGUGCCACCACGGUACGGGCGUUGGCCACCACCGCCACCUCCGUCCACACCUCCAGCCCCAGCGCAGAACCAGUGGUGACUCCUCCCGAAGGUUCCACCAUCUCGUUGAAGAGCGCCUCCCGCGACGAGUCCAAGUUCGGUACCCGUCCCAUCUACUUGGACGUGCAAGCCACCUCACCAACUGACCCCAGAGUGGUCGACAAGAUGUUGGAAUUCUACACGGGAAUGUACGGAAACCCCCACUCCUCCACCCACGCCUACGGGUGGGAAACCGACAAGGAGGUUGAGAAGGCUAGAGAGUACAUCGCAGCCGGCAUCAAGGCCGACCCCAAGGAGAUUAUCUUCACGUCAGGUGCCACCGAGUCCAACAACAUGGCCAUCAAGGGUGUGCCUCGUUUCUACAAGAAGACCAAGAAGCACAUCAUCACUACCCAGACCGAGCACAAGUGUGUGUUGGACUCCGCCAGACACAUGCAAGACGAGGGCUUUGACGUGACCUACUUGCCAGUCAACGAGCAGGGGUUGAUCAGCCUCGACGACUUGAAGAACGCCAUCCGUAAGGAUACCAUCUUGGUGUCGGUGAUGGCUGUCAACAACGAGAUCGGAGUCAUCCAGCCCUUGAAGGAAAUCGGCCAGAUCUGCCGUGACAACAAGAUCUUCUUCCACACUGACGCCGCCCAGGCCUACGGCAAGAUCGACAUCGACGUCAACGCCAUGAACAUCGACUUGUUAUCGAUCUCGUCCCACAAGAUCUACGGCCCCAUGGGAAUCGGUGCCAUCUACAUUAGAAGACGUCCCAGAGUCAGAUUGGACCCCAUCAUCACCGGUGGAGGCCAGGAAAGAGGAUUGAGAUCGGGAACCUUGGCUCCUCCCUUGGUUGCCGGCUUCGGUGAGGCCGCCAGACUCAUGCAAACCGAAUUGGAAUUCGACAAAGCCCACAUCACCAAGCUCUCGGAGAAGUUGAGAGCCGGUUUAUUGUCGAUUCCAUCCACUCAGCUCAACGGCUCGCACGACCCCAACUCGCAGUACCCCGGAUGUGUCAACAUCUCGUUCGCGUACAUCGAGGGAGAGUCGUUGUUGAUGGCGUUGAAGGACAUCGCUUUGUCUUCAGGCUCUGCGUGCACUUCGGCCUCGUUGGAGCCCUCGUACGUGUUGCACGCCUUGGGGGCCGACGACGCGUUGGCCCACUCUUCCAUCAGAUUUGGCAUUGGUAGAUUCACCACCGAGGCAGAGAUCGAUUACGUCAUCAACGCCAUCAACGAGCGGGUCGACUUCUUGAGAAAGAUGUCGCCGUUAUGGGAAAUGGUCCAGGAGGGCAUUGACUUGGACUCGAUCGAGUGGAGUGGCCAUUAG